CUAAGACAACUUGUGUGUCCCUUUUCCUUGGUGAGGCACUUUCGACAGAGUUUACCAACAUGUCGGGCCGCGGAAAACAAGGUGGCAAGGCUCGUGCCAAAGCCAAGACUCGGUCUUCGCGGGCCGGCCUCCAAUUCCCCGUCGGCCGAGUGCACCGUUUGCUCCGAAAAGGCAACUACGCCGAGCGAGUCGGUGCCGGCGCACCAGUGUACUUGGCGGCGGUGCUGGAGUACCUGACGGCUGAGAUCCUGGAGCUGGCAGGCAACGCGGCUCGCGACAACAAGAAGACCCGCAUUAUCCCGCGCCACCUGCAGCUGGCCAUCCGCAACGAUGAGGAGCUCAAUAAACUGCUGGGCAAAGUUACCAUCGCUCAGGGCGGCGUCCUGCCGAACAUCCAGGCUGUGCUCUUGCCCAAGAAGACGGAGAGCCACCACAAGGCCAAGGGCAAGUAAAUUGGAAUAUUCGAGUUUUUGAUUUUUGAGGAGGCAGUGUUAACCAAAGGCUCUUUUCAGAGCCACCCAUGUAUUCAUUAAGAGGGCUUACAUUUCCCGUAUUUAAGCAGUUAACAGGAGAAGGUAUUCUGCAUAGUUUAUCAAUCUAGAAGUGAGUGUUAGUAGUCACACUGCUGAAACCCCAGAUUAAUCCAGUUUAAGGAAUUUCCUUCAACUAAGCGAAAGUGGUAGUGAAGAGCCUGUGUCAGUGAUAAUUAAGUUGACCAAUGACUUGGGUUCUCUGUUGUAAACCUUGAGGAUAUAGGUAGGAUGGUAAGUGUUGAAAGUUUAGAUGCAAAUCUACUUAGUGACCUAUAGAUAGUUAAAACCACUCCUUUAGGCUAUUUGAUUUGGAAAGAAAUUGUUUUGCAGUCUAAUGGUACAAGUUGAUCUGCAAUUCACAUUUUUAGGGAAAAAAAAAAAGAAACUAAGCUCUAAUCAAUUGUAGAUAGUAAUACAAUACCACAUACCCUGGUCAAAAGUUACUUAGGCAGAGCUUAACACAGGGUUUCCGCAGGACUUUAAGGGGUACACGGUAACAUUUAUGUACUAUUUACUAGUUUGUGUACUUUUAAAAACCAAUUUUACAUAAAGCUCAUUUGAAAUCGUGAAAGGUAGUAGUAGGGUGUUUUUAUUUGGUGUUAUAGUGAAAAGUGAGCACGUGUUAAUGUAUUUAUAGUAACAAAAUUAUGAGUGAAAUUCCAUAAGAGCUACUGGUUUUAGUGCAUUCUGAAAAAGCAUAAAAAUAAAUUUUAGAAAUCUAAGAAUUGAGGCCUGCCCAAGUCCCAACCUAUAUGGUCUGGGGUUGCUCUCCGCCUCAUAAAGCAAAAUAGAGGAUUUGUUUUCUGGGAAGACAGUCGUCUUCUCUUAUAAAACCUCUCACAUAGUUGGCUUUGACAUCUUCCAGGAGGAGGAUUGAGGCCUCCUGUGACUGGGUUUUCACUUGAGGGAUGGGCGCCAGCCAGCGAAAGAAACAAUAGGUAUAACCAGAGUGGGGUGUAAUUACCUCCAGAAAUUUCUUACUGUUAACUCAGCCCAGGAUUUGUGGGAGUCAUAGAAGUGGAUUCCUUAAAAAUAAUAUAGAAUAGUAGUAGUUUCCAAAAGGUACUAUUUUUCCUUUCCUCUUUCCCUCCCUUUUUAAACAUGGCUCCAAAGAAUCCUCAGCUUUGUGAUGAGACCACAAGAUAUAUAGGUGUAAAUUCUUUUGCUUUUAUAAACUCUAAAACCUUUUAUUUUUAAAAUGCAAUGUAUGUUAACCUUCUGGAUUCCUGCCUCCUCCUGUGGUCACAGCUCUCACUCCAAUCCAGAAGACUGACACUAGCACAUGACGGCUUUGAAGGCAGUGCAAAGGCCCAUUCAGUGACUGUUAAGGGCAAGUCUCGUAAGUCUUAUGCGGAAGGCACAGGAGGGUGUGUUCAGAGUUCGGUGAUGACAGUAAGUGUUUGGGCUUUUUUCCAAAUUCUGCUUUCAUAUAAUCUCUAAACUGAUGGUUCUCAAUCCUAUCAGAUCCAAAUGCUUUUUCCAUAACAAAUGCAGUAAUGCUCUCCUUUACUAUCCUGAAAUGAAUGCCAUAAAUAAUAACCUACACUUUUAUACUUAACUGUAGCAUAAAAGGGGAGGAAUAAAAUGAAAGUACUGAAAAAAAUAAGAGUAAAAAGAGAAAUCAAAAAGUCGACUUGAAAUUAGCCUCACUAAACUUGAAUGAGGGUAUUAAAAAUCACUUGGCCAAUCAUAUCCAAAAUGCGCCUUUUCAAAAAGUUGAUCAAAAGAAAGCCAGUAUCAGGUGCCAAAAUUUAAAAUUUGUUUUCCGCAAAAAAGACACAGUAUUGUAAUAGUCUGAGUUGGUUCUGUGAUGAACAGCCAAAGAACAUUGGGAAAAAAAAAAAAAAGGCAUUGAAGAGAUAGAGGCGAGCGAGGGUUGAAACAGCCAUUCAAAGAGAGUUUCCUGUGAUCAGGGAGUGAACCUCACUACCAAUACCUUCACUGCGAGCCCUAAGGAACAAAUGUCUUGUCCAAUCAGAACGGGACUCUCUUUAUAUAUACUAGGAGAAGGGGGACAGGUUCGCAUUUUUCCACCAGCUAGCUGCCUUCCGGACGUCUGUUAUGGC